AUGGUCGCCUUUAUUUAUUUUGUUGUUUAUCUUAUUUUAAAUGGAUUUCAUGGAGCAGCAACAAAUAAAAAACUCAUAAUAGAUCAAGAUGGAGGUGCUGACGAUGCUAUGGCAAUAUUCAUGGGAGUACUGAACGAAAAAUAUUUUCAAGGGCCAGAAAUAGUAGCAAUAACUACAACACAUGGCAAUGUUGAUGAGAAGCAAGCUUUUAAUAAUACACAAAGAAUACUGACUGUUGCAGACAGGAGAGAUAUUCCUAUAUACAGAGGUAGUUCGAGUUCCUUAAUACGUAACUAUCCAUCAGAUAAUUUUUUUGGUUAUGAUGGACUUGGUGAUACUUUAAAAGAGGAUUUCAAACCAAUUGCUGCUCAAAAAGAUCAUGCUGUAUUUGGACUUAUUGAGAUGUCCAAGAAAUUUAAAGGAGAACUUAUUAUAGUGACUUUGGGUGCUCUGACAAACAUUGCUUUGGCAAAAAAAAUUGAUCCUGACUUUAUGUCAAGAUUGUCCCAUUUAUAUAUUGCAGCUGGACAUAUAUACAGUGAUGAUUUCCAAGAACCAGAAUUCAAUGCGCUUAGAGACGUGGAAUCAUACCGUAUAGUAUUGGAAAAGAGUGAUCCUGAAAAAACAACUGUAAUUCCGUUUUCACAGAUUCUUGAAUAUCAAAAUAUUUCUAAGGAAUGGAGACAAGACAUUUUAGGAAGUAUUAAUACAAAAAUAAUGCGAAACCAAAAUAUAUAUGAAACAAAGUCUUUAAACAGUAGUUCUUCUUGGAGUCUUCUAGAUCCUUCUGCUAUGGCAAUAGCUUUAAAUGAAGACUUAAUUGUUAAAGAUACACUUUAUUCUAAGAAUGAUAUUAUUUUGUGUGGAGAAAAACGAGGCGUGAACACCAAUGACUUCACAUCAACAACAGAUGCCAAUUGCAAAGUAGUAUAUAAAGUCCGAAAACACGAAUACAAACAAUUUUUAUAUGAUUUAUUUUCAGCCGAGUUGUAUAAU